GUGAUCAUCCCAAUGCUGAGAUUGUUUCACACUCCACUGGAGCCUCUCAAAAUAACGUUAAGGGAGAUUGUUUCCUUCUUGAAGAAAAAAAUGCAGGCUGAUUUGUUCUUCUCAUCUCGCCGCUCACCAGUCAUCUGCUUGAAUGGCUGCGUUGCCUCCAGUCAGCCUUUAGCAUCCAUCAUUGGACUAGAAAUUCUGAAAAGUGGUGGAAAUGCUGCUGAUGCUGCGGUAGCUGUGGCUGCAACCCUGAAUGUAACAGAGCCUACAAGCACAGGCCUUGGAGGAGAUGCUUUUUGUCUCUUUUAUGAUGCUGCCACCAAACAAGUGCGAGGACUUAAUGGGAGUGGAAAGAGUCCUAAAGCUCAGACUCUGGACCUGAUGGAGGGGCGUGGAUUCAGUCAGAAUAACCGUCCACCUAACUUCCAUGCCCUCAAUGUCACAGUGCCUGGGGCUGCAGCAUGCUGGUGUGACACAGUGACCUUGUUUGGAAGCAAAAAGCUGUCUUUAGCUGACCUGCUUCAACCAGCUAUAGAUCUGGCUCAGAACGGUUUCCCAGUGGCUGAGAUUACAGCACACAUGUGGGCUAAGGAUACCGAAUCCCUGAGGGCUGCUGGGAGAGAACUGGGAGAAGAUUUACUCAUUAACAAUCAGCCACCUAUACAUGGCCAGGUCAUGACCAAUCCCAACCUCGCACGCACGUUCCAGGAACUUGCGCUGCAUGGGAGAAUGGGGUUCUAUGGGGGCAGAAUUGCCCAGGCUGUGGUUGACGUUGUGCGAGAACACGGUGGUGUGAUGAGCUUGGAUGACCUCAAGAACCAUGUCACCACAGAGAUCACGCCGAUAUACGCCGAUUACAAAACGGUACGAGUGUGGGAGGUCCCACCCAACAGUCAAGGGAUGGCAGCUCUUAUUGCGCUUAAUAUCCUUGAGAAUGUUCCUAUCCAAGACCUGGGUCACAACAGUGCCAACUACCUGCACAUCCUGGUCGAGUCGCUGAAAUUGAGCAUGACUGAUACAAUGCACUUCAGCACAGACCCAGACAAAUUGAAUGUGCCUGUGGAGGGGCUUCUUUCCAAAGAUUAUGCUCUCCAGCGUGUCCAGUUCAUCCAAAAGGACAAAGCCAUGAGUAUGUGUGAGCCCGGGAUUCCCACAGGAAGUGACACAGUGUACUUCACGGUGGUGGACAGAGAGGGAAACGCCUGCUCCUUUGUGAACAGCAACUACAUGGGCUUUGGCACUGGGCUUGUCCCACGAAACUGUGGCUUUUCCCUCCAAAACAGAGGUGCUAAUUUCUCUCUGGAUGCCACUCAUGUGAACUGCAUAGGCCCAGAGAAGAGGCCAUACCACACUAUAAUCCCUGCCAUGCUCACAGAUCCCGUGUCAGGGCGCCUCCUCUGCUCCUUUGGGGUGAUGGGGGGCUUCAUGCAGCCUCAGGGUCACGUGCAGGUAUUGCUCAAUAUGUUAGAGUUUGGCAUGAAUCCUCAGUGUGCACUUGAUGCCCCACGUGCCUUUGUGCAGUAUGAUCAGGCAGAAGAGCUGUGGAGGGUCCACCUGGAGGCAGGUAUAGACCGAGGUGUGGCUGAUGAGCUCAGACAACGGGGCCAUGUGGUGAACUGGCCAGUAGAAGGGCAUGAACGGGACCGGUUUGGACGUGGGCAAAUUAUCAGCAUUGGAAAAUGGUGGUGGGAUUUAAUGGAAGAAAAACCAGAAGGAGAAGAGAGGAUACUGUGGGCUGGAUCCGAUCCCAGGGCAGAUGGAUGUGCUGUGGGAUAUUAGCUAAAAAAUUGAAGCGAAAAUCCUGGGAUUAGUGGAUAACUCAAAAAUGUAAGGAAAAUGAGAACCUAAAGAGUACCUAUAAUCUGAUGAAUAGUAAAGUGUCUUUAAGACAAUGCAGUGGUCCAUUUGCUUUAACUUAUUUUUUAUUAGACAAUGCUGAAAAGCUUUAUGUGUUUUAUUUCCUGUUUGCAAAAUUUGUAGCAAUGAAUAAAAGUAUGAACAGGAGAUGUAUGGCAGUCUGGAGAAAAACUGUCAAAAUGUCUCUGAAUUCCAGUAAACAUACUGGCCUUUAACACACGUUUAAGAAACCAUGAAUAUAUUUCACCAAAGCAAUGUGGAAAGGGUUUUUUUUGUUGUACUUUUCACUCAUCCCAGGAUUCCUGCAAAGAUUAUCCAACCAAACAAAGCUGUAAAAACAGCCAUCUCCUUACAAAAUAAAUGCCAGCUUGUGGUCAUGUUGUAUAGCUACUAUAUUUGCCCACAGCAAAAUGGACAUAAGCCUAAUCAUUAUAUUUAUUUAAUCAGAGAGAGGCUGUCCAAAUUGUCUGUGAAGAUUACAUAUUCAGUAACUACAAUAAAGAGAAUACAGUGUGUUUAUGGGGUUAAAUAUUCAGCUCAUUCUGGGAUAAAUACAGCUGUAAAGUACAGCUUUACAUCAACACUGUGCCAGUGUACUGCUUGUUCUGAAGAUCUGUUUUGGGAUAAUCUGCAGUUCAGCAGCGAGAUUACUCAAAACACAAUAAGCUUAACAUACACACAUGACCAAGACUCACAAGCUUAACACACACUCUUCCUCAUGCUUUCUGAAAAUAUAAAAGCAGUUAUGUAUGCCAAAUGCAGGCACAGUCAUGAUCAUAAAGAAUAAAUCAUUAUGUGUAAUCAAAAGUACAGUACUGAUUAAUAGUCAUGAGAGAUAGGUGAGGAAUGAGAGUAGUAGAAAUGAAGGUGACAGUGAUGUAGAUGUGAAUUACAGUAACCUUAGCGGUUCAGUUAAUAAAUAUCACUGAUAGUAAUUUCCAUUAUUUUAUUUUAAGCAUUUCUG